GGGAGGAGCUUGGCCAUUGAAUGCAAUUUGCUUGCAAUUGGUACGUCAGCCCCUAAUCUUUCCAUGUCCGUUAUAAAAACAUUGUUGCCUAAAGGAAGUCAGUUGUGCAUGGGCUGAGGCGAGAACUAUCUGGGAGAAAGUAGAAGUGAGAGGAUUUAAGUCAGGCAUAAUUGUCAUAUUUGCAACAGCAGCACUUGAGUUUUAGUUUAUACAUUUUGAGGAAUCUCCAGUUUCAAGAAUCAAAACAUCAACAUAGGAUCUCACCAAAUGGCAGACGAACUGAAAAACAUGAACAAGUAUAAGUCCAUCAUAAAGCGGGUGGGGCGAAACCAUGGAGUGGAGCCAUCCAUCAUAGCUGGUAUCAUCUCACGAGAGACCAGGGCUGGGACAGGAGCAGGACUGGUCAAUGGUUGGGGGGACAAUGGAAAUGCAUUUGGACUCAUGCAGGUUGACAAAAACUGGCACAUUCCACGGGGGGGAUGGGACAGUGAGGAACAUCUGAGUCAAGCAACUGGGAUUCUCGUUGAUAUAAUCAGAUCGGUUCAGAGAAAAUUCCCUUCAUGGACCAAAGAGCAGCAGCUGAGAGGGGGAUUAGCGGCCUACAAUAUCGGGCUGGAUAAGGUCCACUCAUACAGCAGAGUGGAUGAGAACACCACUGGGGGGGACUACUCCAAGGAUGUUCUUGCCAGAGCUGAAUUUUACAGACGCAAUGGUUAUUAAAGUCAACUCAGUGAUUGCCUAGCAGUUUUCGAUUCAGACCAUAGUGAAGUAAAUGACAUAUCCUCUACUAUCUCAUCAAAACUGAUGUUUAAUUGUUAAUUAAUUAUGAUUCAUUAAUCCAGUGUUUACCGAUCCUUGUCCUAUGUUGCACAUUUUUCUUUUGGCCUAGAGGUAACACAUGAUUACAGUCUUUUGUUGUUGACCUAUGUUGAAAUAAGUAUCAGUAUGAUGGAAAUCUGGUAGCAACCCCAGUCAUGUCUUGGAAUGACACAUUGACUUACUUGUCAAAAUACAAUUUUACAGAAUACACACUCACUUUUUCUUAGGUGGGUAACAUUAAUUGUCAAAGUAGAGUGAUUACAUUGCUGAUUUCCAGUAUUAAAAAAAAAUAAUAUUCGAAUGAA